CUAAAAUGUCUUUGAGAUCUAAUCCAUAAUCCAUCCCAUCACUCUCUAGAGGCUAAUUCACACUCUACCGUGGGAAAGCAAUAACCUCAUCCCCAUCUGAAUUUAAAUAAAAUAACUGAUUUGUAAAGGUGAAGGCUAAAUGGCGGUGGCCUUCCGUGGAGGCCGGAACGGCGUCGGAUCAGGACUCCGCAGUUUCUUCUCGUACCGUAUCUUCAUCUCCGCCUUGUUCUCUUUUCUCUUCCUCGCCACCUUCUCCGUCGUCCUCAACUCCUCUCGUCACCAACCUCACCUCGAUCACACAUUGCCGAGGACGUUUCAAUCGGAUCCGUUGAAAACUAGGUUAGAUCUGAUACACAAGCAAGCGACCGAUCACCUCACGCUUGUGAACGCAUACGCUGCUUACGCUAGGAAGCUCAAGCUCGACGCGUCAAAGCAGCUUAAGCUCUUCGAAGAUCUGGCGGUUAACUUCUCCGAUCUGCAGGCCAAACCUGGAUUGAAGCUCGAAAACGUGAACGCGAUCGAGGAGGAUGCGUUUCGGCAGAUCGAGAAAGAGGUUAAAGAUAAGGUGAAGACGGCGAGGAUGAUGAUCGUUGAGUCUAAAGAGAGUUACGAUACGCAGUUAAAGAUCCAGAAGCUGAAGGAUACGAUCUUCGCCGUUCAAGAGCAGUUGACGAAAGCCAAGAAAAACGGCGCCGUUGCGAGCUUGAUCUCGGCUAAGUCGGUUCCCAAGAGUCUUAACUGUUUGGCUAUGAGGCUUGUUGGGGAGAGGAUCUCUAACCCCGAGAAGUAUAAGGAUGCUCCGUUUGAUUCGGCUGUGUUGGAGGAUCCGAGUCUUUAUCACUACGCGGUCUUCUCUGAUAAUGUGAUCGCUGUUUCCGUUGUGGUGAGGUCGGUUGUGGUGAACGCCGAGGAGCCGUGGAAGCAUGUGUUUCAUGUGGUGACUGAUAGGAUGAAUCUCGCGGCUAUGAAGGUUUGGUUUAAGAUGCGUCCUUUGGACCGUGGUGCUCGUGUUGAGAUUAAAUCGGUUGAGGAGUUUAAGUUCUUGAACUCUUCGUAUGCGCCGGUCUUGAGGCAGCUUGAGUCUGCUAAGUUGCAGAAGUUUUACUUUGAGAACCAGGCGGAGAACGCGACUAGAGAUGAACAUAACAUCAAGUUCAAGAACCCGAAGUAUCUCUCGGUGUUGAACCAUCUGAGAUUCUACUUACCGGAGAUGUAUCCGAAGCUGAAUAAGAUCUUGUUCUUGGACGAUGACGUUGUGGUGCAGAAGGAUGUGACUGGGUUGUGGAAGAUCAAUUUGGAUGGGAAGGUGAAUGGAGCUGUUGAGACGUGCUUUGGCUCUUUUCAUCGGUAUGGUCAAUACCUAAACUUCACUCAUCCUCUGAUCAAAGAGAGCUUUAACCCCAAUGCUUGUGCUUGGGCCUUUGGGAUGAAUAUAUUUGAUCUCAAUGCUUGGAGGCGCGAGAAAUGCACAGAUCAAUACCAUUACUGGCAGAACUUGAAUGAAGACAGAAGUCUCUGGAAAUUAGGCACUCUGCCUCCGGGACUGAUGACAUUCUAUUCAAAGACGAAAUCACUGGACAAGUCCUGGCAUGUGCUUGGGUUAGGCUACAACCCGGGAGUGAGCAUGGACGAGAUUAAAAAAGCAGCAGUGAUACAUUACAAUGGGAACAUGAAACCAUGGCUAGACAUUGCUAUGAACCAAUACAAGUCUCUCUGGACUAAAUACGUCGACAACGAAAUGGAGUUUGUGCAGAUGUGCAAUUUUGGUCUUUAAAGAAAGAUAUCGAUGAAGAGGUAACCUCAAAUCGAUAUAUGUUCAGUCAUUCAGGGCAUUCUUUAGCUUAUAUACGUUUAUCUUUUAUAUAUUAUAUAGGGUUACAAAAGUGUUUUGCUUUGUUCUUUCUGUCAUAGUUUUGUUCUUUAUUUAUAUUUUGUGUAACUCUUUCACAUCAAAAGCUUUAUCCAAAACUACAAUGUGUUAAGGUUUGUUUCA